UGCGCCUGGGCAUUGGGGAAUCCGCGGAAGUUGCUUUGGGGCCGCGGCGGGGCUCCCUUAAGUCGCAUCGUCCCCGCCGUCGCUUCCUUUCCUGUCCUCAUUCAUCAAUUCGGCUCGCUAGCUGCUGUAGGGCGUCACGCCGUCGCCGAGAACCAUGUCCGAAUGCGUGCGGCUCUCCCCGGCUCUUUGCCGGAUGGGCUUUUACACGUGUUUCCGUAUCCUCUGCUGCAAAGCUCCGCCGCCGCCCAGACCUGAGUAUGAUGUCGUGUGUAUAGGACUGACCGGUGCUGGGAAGACUUCGCUCCUCUCCUGCCUGUGCAACGAAGGCUCUGACGCCAUUGGUCCCACCACCGGAUUCAGCAUCAAAGCGGUGCCCUUCCACAAUGCCGUGCUGAAUGUGAAGGAGCUUGGAGGAGCCGACAAUAUCAAGAAGUACUGGAGCCGCUAUUACCAGGGAUCGCAGGGAGUGAUCUUCGUUCUGGACAGCGCCUCUUCUGAAGGGGACAUGGAAGUGGCCCGGAAGGAGCUCCAUGCCGCCCUGCAGCACCCCCAGCUCUCCACGCUCCCGUUCCUCAUUCUGGCCAACCACCAGGACAAGCCCGCCUCACGCUCCCCGCAAGAGCAGGCAGAAUCUCCGUCUGUUACGAAGGAUGUAAACAUGCUGGGCCUGACGGAUGUCUGCUUUCCACGCGACUGAGGAAUCCCUAGAAAGAGUGUGCCACCUCCACGAGAAGGGGGUGAUCUGCAAGACCUCAGCUCUCAGAGGCGCCAUGUGUUCUGCCGGUUCCUUGCAUCUGGUCCCGCAGUGUUUUCCCACCCGCGGGAGGAUGCCACAGUACCUGAUUAGAAAACAUUCUUUCGGUUGUUUGUAAAAAUAGCUUUUAAUAAGUCACAUGUUCUUAGAUCAAUGUUACAUUCUUAUUUAAUCAAAUAUUUAAGCAUAUAUUUGGUGUGGUGUGGUGUCAAGAUGUCAUUUCACUUAACUGAAUGUCCUUUGUAUGUCAUCAGAAACUGGAGUUUCAUGGGGAAAAUAUGCAAACUCCACGCACAGGUGGGAAUCAAACCCCCACUUAACCAUCAAUAUAACAUUCCAUGGAAAUUAAAAAAAAAAUGUAGGAAGGCAAUUGUUAGAACAGGGGAUUGAAGUCUUUCUCUUUGGAUUCUCAAGGUGGUUAACAUUUAUUAAGCCAACACAACGUAUGUUUGAGAGAGCAGAGUGUAAUGCUCCCUGGGGGAUUUCUCAAGGGUUCAAUGGUGAAAUGACUCUGCCAGCCACAGGAUUUAAACCAGUGACGUUCUGAUCACAAGAUCAGUAGCCUAACCACUGAGCCUCACGCCGCCUCCAGAAUUAACAGUCCAAGUCUGUCACUGAGAGAGUUCGCCAUCCCUCAGAGGUAAUGCAGCAAUAUGCAGGGAAACGAGGCGAGUGGGGAUAAUGAAAGAUGUUUGCAGGAGCAUUUUGCGUCAGUGUAGGAAGGAUCAAAGCCUGAGAAGCAGGAUGGGGGGGCGCCACCCUCCUCCCGUAUCAUAACAAGCCAUUGCUGUAUGGGAAUUCAAUUAGAGCAUCUUCCACAAGAUUCAACAAAUUUAUUUUGAGUUGAUCAGCGCUGCACAUUUAAUCUGCAUCUAGAUGCAAGUCGGGGUAAGAAGUCACUGUCUGAAGCUUUCCAGGAACAGACUAAACUAAGCCUGAGUCUAAGGAUACAGCAAUUACUGCUCCCGUUUGUAAUGGCGACAAAACCAGACCAUCUGUCACUACAGAUUUGCUGUUUUAAGGCUUAACAAUAUAAUCUACAACAUGAAUGCUAUGUGUGGCUGUAAUAUUUUAACUUCUGACCUGAUGGAAAGUGCUGAGAGAUCAGUAGGAUAGAAUAUGUAAGUAGACUCACAUCUAUGAAUGACUAGGUACCUCUACAGGAGACCAGUCUAGCUUGUAAUUGUGUUUCUGUUCAUUAGACUGUCUGUGUUUUUCUACUUGAGGAAUUUGCCAAUCUUACACCGGCUAUAGUGUCCUGUUCGCUUUCACCUUUGUCCGGAUGCCUGAAUGAAGGCUGUCGUAUCUCUCUGAGCCGAAUCUGUUGUGAAUUUCAGGUUUCUCUUCACUAUCCGCACAUUAAUUAUCCAAAUCGAAAGACCCAGUCGGCCUGUUCAACUCUUUGUCGGCCCGUUGCCGUCAGCAUCAAAUUUUUUUGAUAUCUGACGUCAGUUCAGGAUAUUUAAAAAAUGUUUGUCUAUUUUGUUUCCUGAGUUACUUUGCUGGCUCUCUGUCAUAUGGCCAUAUAUAGGGGCCAGAUCAGCUGGGCUCUCCAGAUUGUCAUGAGUAGGUCUUACUGACUCAUCCAGUCCUGCCUGGUAAAGUGCUCAAGACAGCAUAAAUGAGUCAUAAAUAAUUAAGUGGCAUAUUUUCUGAAACAGAAACCAGACAAAGGCAGUUAUCUACUUUAAGGUGAAGCUCAUUUCAAAGCUCUUCUUUUGAGUGCUUGCGAAUCGUCCUGUUCAGAGGGCAUCAACUUUUAAAACCAUAACGACCUCUGAGCAGGACUGUAUUUUACACAUGAAAUCUUGGGAAGCAUUCUUGCUUAUUUAAUUUUUUGCAUUAUAGACACGCCAGGACUUUAUAUAUUAUUGCCCAAUGAUACAACUAAAUAUUUAUUUAUGAAUUUGAAGUAGUCUAUCACCUGCCCUGCCAUGUGCUUGAAACUAGCCUAUGGACCACGUUCACUGUCCCUCACGCGAUGCCAUCCUCCUUUGGUGGCAGGUGCGGUGCAGUUCUGCAUAGGCUAUGGCCACCCGUUUGACACAACAUGUCCUGUUUCUAUGGCAGCACUGACAGCAAGCUAUGGCACACUGCCGGGCAGGUGGGCCGCAGCGCAGUCAGGCGCUGACGUCAGGCGGCGAUGAUUUUAUGUCACUCUCAAACAAAUAAAUCACGGCCUGUGACAAGAACACAGUGUAUCCGGUGGGGCCCGACAUCGUCCCCGUAUGUGACAUUCACGAUGUUGCCGUGUGGUUCUGUUUGCAGGGGGGACACUUCACGUGGGAUGUCCUCUCACUCCUUACUCAUGUCUCAGAUGGCAGACUUCUGACUUCAAAGGAGACCAAAUUAUAGCCAGUUACUAAUAACCGAGUUGUCAGCCAAAGAAUGUGCAUGAAAAUAAACCGGUACACGUCAGGUGUGGAAAUGCGUAUUCUGUUGUAGAUAUGUUCCUGUUGCAGGCGUGAAUGAGGCCCUCGACGCACGAAAACAAAACUUCUUUUGGCCCGAUGUAUUUAAGUUUUUGUAGUAUAUAGUAAGCUCCACACGUAAAACCUAGAAUGGAGUACUUCCAGUUUUUUGAGGGACUGUGCAGGGGCUGGAUCAGGGAUUUAUUUGAAAAUGUGUCAUAUUGCUUAAAAUGAUGCAUCCUUUUCAUAAAAAUACUGAGAGUGCAUGUGUGUCAGGAUACUGGCUGGCCCAAUGAACAGAGUGUACCAGCACGUCAGCAUGCAAUAGAAGUUUAAAGUUUUGCCAUCAGAAUGAAGUCCUGAUCUAUCCAACAGCAUUACACAAGAUCCAUAGUUGCGAUACUGGCGUGCAGUGGUCAAAAUAACCAAGUACAGUUAACUUUCUCAGCACUUAUCACAACAAACUUGUUGCAGUAGAUGUUGUUCAUAUGCAGUAUAUUAAUGAAUGAAGAAUGGUUAUAGUGGCAUAGAAAAAAAAAACUGAAAAUGUCUGUGGCCUUUGAGUCUUAAAAAGAGUAUUGAACACGCAGAAAGAUAUGGAAAAAUAUAAUACAAACAAUGUGAUAAAUUCCAAUGUGAUAAAUUAAGCAGACCAUUGCUAAACUUAAUUGGAUAUUCAGGCUACCAGUGGUUGGCCUAAGUGUGAGUGAUUCAUGUCUUGGAAGGUCUCAGCACAGCAGGCUUUAGGUUUCAUUAUGCUUAGAAGUGAGGGUAUGGAAAUAUCAAGCCCUUUGAUUGGCUUGAAGGUAUGGAAAUAUUAAGCCCUCUGAUUGGCUUGAUUUACACCUAUCAUAACGCUCUUCCUCUAUGUUCUUCAAGGCAUUAUUCUUUUUUUUAAUCUUAUUAUUAAAUGUGAGAUAGUGUGGCUUUGAAAUUAUUGCAUUUGUGACAAAAUACUGCGACAAAUCAGACAGGGAUAGCAGACCUGCAAGAUGGAGAGCACAUUAUUGUCACAAGCUGCAUAGCUCUUACGAGGUAUAAAGUGGGAAUUCUGUUGAUCUUAAUGCAUUGUUAUUGUUUCAAUUAUUUGGGCUAAAAAUUAUUUUGGCUAAAAAUACUAAAUUUAGCUGAGUUAAUAUUCAACAUAAAUUGCAUGGCAGUUACUGAUACUCCUGCUUUACUAUUUUUCUCCAUAUUAUUACAUCAGUAGAAUCAAAUACGUUUUGACAGACAUUUAUAGAUGUACUGUGUACAUAACAGUAAUGAAAGGCAUAUCAUGUUGGGAAAAGAAGGUCCCACACAAAAGCAGGAGAUACUCGCACUUUGUGAGUUGUUAAGCUAGGGUUACACCAACUGGGUGAUCCGUACCAUGCCCGAGGACAUUUGACCCCAAAGUUUAGUUUGUUUGACUAUCCUCUGAUUGCUCCAGAUUCUGCUUGCUCAUGGUACAUUAAUCCAUGCCCAGGGCCAGUUCCGUUGGACUGAGGUACGGUAUACAUACGGUGUGAACGCUAACCAUGCCCGAGCAUGGAACAGAGACAUGAUGUCAAUGAUGCGACUGGCACACGCAUACACACAUAUACACUGUGCAUGAGCCGUACCUGAAAGGAAUGGAUCGGGUUGGCUGUACAGAUCAGGUUGCGGCAAACAUUUAACUAACACGGUGCCAGAAGGAUCACUUUGGUCUACGGCACAGGUGCAGUGUUUGCUGCGAAUUGGGCAAACGAGAGUAUCCAGGAACAACUGAAUGCAGCACACAAAAACUCUGAGAUAUGUGGUAUAAUACAAUACUGUCUUUAUACACACAGCAUGAUUUAAAUUAAAAUCGCAAUUGAUAAAUCCAUGAGGAUUAUGUGCCAUUGUGCCCAAAAUGACCCCAAAUAAGCCACAUAAUAAGGACAUUAAUCAAGAUUUCCAUUGUGCUGUGAUGACACUUUUCUUCCUAUGUUUUCUUCAACAUUAGAAGUCACAAGGUGACUGAAGGCACAAGCGUGCUUCAGCCCAGAACGUUAAGCGCAAUGUGAGCGCAGACCAGUAGGGGAGUGCGGGGGACAAUUAUCCAUGGUAUGAGGCAACUGGGCUAAGUGUGAGUACAUGCUAACAGAGAACAGGAAUGCACAAAAGAUACAAGAAGAGACUCAAAAGAAAAGGCCAUCUACACAAUCAAGUAGAAUCACAUGUCCAAAGACAGCAAGUCUUUCCAAAAUAUCAAGACCAUAAACUAAAAUUCAUAAUUCCAACCGAAAGUCAAAGCCAAAUUCUAAGCUGAAGGAAAAGUCACUAUCAUGUUGUUUGACCAGAAUCUACGACCAAACUCUGCUCUCUGUAUCCUGCUGGUCUUCCGUUAUCUAGAGAAGUAGCCAGUUCUUUCCUUGAAGGAGGCAGGACGUCCUUACUUAAGAUGUACAAAAAUUGUCAAAUCAAGCCCCAGUGACCAGGGGUCAUAUUAGUAAUCACCAUAGACUUUUGUAGGUUACACGCAGAGGGCCGCCUUAUUAUCUUAUAAAUAUUGACGUUACAGGGCUAAAAACUGCUAAUUCGAUGUUGGUGACAUCACCACCACUGGCUUUCACUGUUGACAGGCAAGAUUCAUUUGUAUCUCAUCCAAGAGACUUCAGUGACCAAGGCCCAUCUGUUUACAGGAAACAAGCUCUCUUGCAUGCCAGAGUUUAGUGUGCCAUAGCAUGUGUGCCUUAUGCAAGAUUUAGUAAUUGUGCAUGCUUCGCAUUCCCUGAAGGGAGUUAAUAAUGCUUAGAGGCAUGGUAAAGCCAAAGCUCUCUCCAGACUGAUGUGUAACAUGUUUUCAUGGGACAGAAAUCCAUACACACUUCAGUCUGCUGCUUUGGGGACUUUUGUUGCUCUGUAUACUGACAUAACAGAGCAGGUUUGUCCAAUGUGCCUGUCAUAUUAAGUGUCUUUGGGUUGUGCGUUUUGGGCUGGUCUUAGACAGAGUUAUCUCAGGACAGUCUGAGAAACACAGGACUGAAAAUGGGCUUUGCACAACAGUGUACUUAAGAGGAGAGACCCUUUCACCUGGAGACUGUGGCCUUGGUUACAAAAUUGAAUACAGAGGCACAGGAUGGGUGACUGAUGACAUUUCGUAUUAUACAGGAGAUGCAACUGCGGGCAAAAAUUAUAGAAUCGCCACACUUAGUGAAUGUUCAUCUCUCAAAUUAAAUAAAAUAAUUUUAGUUAAUGACAUAUUUCUGUCUUGAUCAAGUAGAGGAAAAAAAAUGGAAUCAUCAAGUAAGAAAAAACACAAUUAUUACUUUGUUGCUCCUCCUCGGGCUUUUAUGACGGCCUGAAUUCUUGGAGGCAUGAAAAACUAUUUUCUACAUCAAGCUACAGUAGUUCUGUCGUUCUCAAAUAGCAGUUGAAAGAUCAGCUUUGCAGGAUGAGCCCUUGUCAUGGAUAAAUUUUCCCAUGUGAUUGAGUUGAUGUACCUUUUCUGAAGAAGACCUUUACCACUCUUUGCUCUGUGGCAAGAUUCAUUAUCAUCCUGAAAAAUGCCUAUAUCACCACCAAACCUAUGUUUUAUCGAAGGAAUGAGGAAAGUGUCCAAAAUUUCACUGUGCACCUGUGCAUUGACUGAUGAGGUAAUGAUUGCCAUCUGCCCUGGUCCUUUAUCUGACAUGCAACCCCAUAUCAUAAAUGAUUGGGAAAAUUUGCUUGUUUUCUUCAGGCAGUCGUCUUUAUAUGUUUCAUUAGAAUGGCACCAGACAAAGGUUUUAUAUCACUUUUAUCUAAUCACCCACAGUCCAUGACAGCUUCUCUUUAAGCUACUGUAACCUUGUUUUCUUCUGUUUAGGUGUUAGUGCUGCUAUCCAUUUGGGUUUUCUGUACGUAAAUCCCAUUUCAUUUUUUUUUCUUAAAGUUCUGUCACAAACAUUGACUCCUGUUCCUGCCCAUUUGUUUCUCAUUUGUUUUGUUCUGCAUUUUCUAUUCCAAAUAUUUCAAGGCAUAUUGCUUUGAGUUUUCUAUCCUGACGCUUUGACGUCUUUCUUGGUCUAUCUAGCCUUCCAUUUUGUUUAUAGCCGUACCAAUUUUUUGACACAGCUGACUGGGAACAGCCAAUAUCUUUUGCCACACUCCGCUUUGGAUUCCCUUCUUGAUUAUAAUCCUUUCCAUUGUUUCAGUUGACAGCUCUCUUGUUAAGGCCAUGUGUCCUUUCAAUUAGCCAAGUCUAACAGCUUGUUAAUGUCUCUAAACACAGACUUUAAACUGCAAAUUAAUUUGCAUGUUUACACUUGUGCUAGUAUUUGUUUUAGAAAUGCAAUUUACAGGGUGAUUCCAUAGUUAUGUUUUUUUUUUUACCUUGAGUGAUUCCAUAAUGUUUUCCUCAACUUGAUCUGGACAAAAAUAUGCCAUUGAUUAUAAUAAUUUAAACAUAAUUUAAUUUGUUUGAGGCAUGUUUCAUGAAGCCUGAAUGUUUGACGCAUAAACAAGAAUUUUGUAUCAUAUCUGUGAUUUGUUCAUGUGCUACAGAAUAAAAACUCUGGAUGAGCAUCC